AUGGCACCAGAAUUGGUCAAUGCUAAUGGGGGAGUCCUGAGGUCUGGUACAAGUGUGAAUGGUAACGAUGGAAAAUAUAGUUCUAGUUACGACAGGCGGGUGAUGAGUGAGUCUAAAGAUAGAGCAGCCUUUAUGAUGAUCAAUGAGGCUAAGGCACGUAUGUCUGACAAGCCUGUCCCUGCCAUCAUCAAAGGUUUACUAGAGGUGGACCCCAGUAAGAGGUUGACCUGUUGCGAUGCAUAUUACAGACUUAACAAACAUAAGGGUAAGGAGAACUCUAUCAUUGAUGACGCAAUGCAUGUGAAGCCUUUGAAGGAUUAUUUCGGCAACUACGACAUCCUAGGUGAUACCAGUACAUUACAGGAGCUUAGACGAUUCUAUCACCUAUUGGAGAUGACCAACCCAACUACUAUCAAGGCAGCUCUGUCCGUCGAUCAUCAUACGCUACCUGACCCCAACGAUAGUCCUUUAAUAUAG